AUGCCACCGACGACGGCGACUGAACUUCCGCCCUUCUCCCCUCCCCAGCCACCGGCAGACUCGGCGCAUGGCGAGGCGGUGGCGGUAUCAUACAACUACAGCACCCGCCAAUGGACGCUUACCUACCAGUCCGGCGCAACGGUGAGUGGCCCACCAGGUACACGACUCGGCAAACCCAUCCUCAACCACGAAGACGCCAUCGCCAAGCUCCCCAGUCCAACCCCCACCACCACCCUCCCUCCCGUCUCCGCCUAUACCCCGUUCACCGUCCCCGCAGGCCUGCCCUCACUCCCCUCAAUCGUCGACCUCGACCUCGCCACCGCCCCCUUCCGCCACAAGUCCGCUACCGCAAACUACAACCGCUCCUCCUCCGCCCCCACAGCCGUAACCUACGAAAAGCUUGAAUUUCUCGGCGAUGCUCAAAUCGAACAUCUCGCCUCCCGCCUCCUCUAUACCCGCUUCCCCCACCUUCUCGCAGGCCAGCAAUCCCAACUGCGCGAACUCCUCGUCAAGAACGAGACCCUCGCCGAGUACGCGCGCGCCUACGGUUUUGAAGGAAAAGUGCAAGUCGCUGAGCUCGCAACUAGCAUGAACGGAGGCGGAGGGCAUGAGAAGAAGGGGAACAAGGGUUUCAACAAAGUGUUGGGAGAUGUCUUCGAAGCCUACGUCGCAGCCGUAAUCCUUAGCCACGGCGACGAAGGCUUCGCCAUAGCGGAGAAGUGGAUGACGAGCCUCUGGGCUCCCAAAUUAGUCGAAGCGACGUCCGGGCGGGACUCGAAUAUAUACGAUCCAACCGCAAAGGCGACCCUUCAGAAACUCCUCCUCGGCUCGAAAGACACGCGCCUUGACUACACGCCUUACAAGAAGUCUGUGGAGUUAAAGGGGGAUCGGUUGGGCCAGAACAGGCAUUUCAUCGCGGUGUAUCUGACGGGGUAUGGGUAUGAUCGGCGACUUUUGGGAAAGGGGGAGGGGCGGAACAAGGUCGAGGCGGGGAAUUGGGCGGCGGUGGAUGCCAUGUUUGGGGAGGGGACGGAUGUUGUGGAGGAGUGUGCGGGGAGACUCAGGGUUGCGAGGGAGGCGAGGCAGAGGGAGAAGGAGAAAGAGGGCGAGGAGCAAGGGGAGGCUGCCAAGGCUACUGUAGCUGCUACUCCAACUCACGCGAGUGGGAAUGACUGA